AUGCCCCCUCGUAUUCCAUUACCUAGGUUGACCCUGUUCACAGGUGGUAAAGAAUGUUCUCUUUGUGAGGUCGCGAAGCAAGACUUGUCAGUCUUACAUAGAUCAACACCCUUCGAAUUGACUUUAUGGAAUAUACGUGAUCCACCUCUGGGAACAAACGAAAAAGAUUCGAAGAAGUGGAGGAGGUUAUAUCAAUACGAUAUUCCUGUCCUACACCUCGACGAUACAGGAAUGGCAAGUGAGCCAGGGCCAAGCAGAGGAGGGAGGGGCGAAGGAUGCGAAGGAUCAGUAGUCGAGGAUCGGAAUGAGGCUGGGCUCGGGAUUGAAGUGGGAGGGUUCGAGGUGUAUAAGAGUGUCUCAAGAUUCUUUUCUGCCCCAGCAGGUAGAUCCCACAUUGCAAAUGACCAUGAUGAUCAUCCUGACGAUGAGAAUGAUAUCGGUAUCGAACGACAUCAAAGUGAAUCGCGAAAUACGAGACCACCUUGGAGGACAUAUCUGGGUAGAUCAUUCUUAGGAUUAUCAUCACCCAUAGGAGAAUAUACACCUACAGACGAAUCCGAUGCAUUUAUCGAUAUAUUAAGAAAUACUUUUCAUGGAUUCAGUAAUAUACCAAUCGGGAGUGAUAUCCAAGUUAUCGAUCUAUCAAAUCCAAAUCCAAAUCCAAAUCCAGAUCCAGAUCCAAACUCAAAUUCGAUUCUGAAUUGCGAUUUAGGAGGUCAAGGACAGAAUGGUGAAAUGCGUUUCGAGAUUGAUCUUCAACCUGAUUUAAUUGGAUUGAUAAAUGAUCAAUCUAGUGAUGUAUUAUAUGACGAGCCGAUCAAAACCAAAGACGACCUUUGUAUCAAACCGAACAACCAAACAUGUUGGAAUUGUCUAUCAACAGGACAUUCCUAUACUUCCUGUCCUGAACCGAAGAAUCACAAUAUGAUAAGACAUUCAAGAGAAACUCAUUUCUUCAUCAGAGAUUAUAUCAUGCCUGAACAAUACCAACAUUCUUUAGAAUCAUAUUAUUCAAUGAACGUAACGGAAGAAGAAAAAUCAAGAAGGCUAGAAUUGGUGCAUUCAUUUGUAGCUGGACAAAUCUCAUCUCAACUUGAAGAAGCUAUCUGUUUUAUUGACGAAACCAAUGUUGAUUCCCAAGUAGAAGAAAGUAUGGAUCAAGAUGAAUAUCUUGAUUUACUUAAAGAUCAAAUGGAUGUCAAGAGAAGGAGGAAAAGAUGGGAUUGGUAUGAAAGGAUUAUGAGAUGGGGUUAUCCACCAGGUUGGAUCACCGCUAAAGAUCCGAUUCAAGAAGUAGAACGGCGUAUACAAGCCAUUCAAGCUCACGAGAAAGCUUUUGAUCGCAAUGAUGAGGACGACGAAGAGGAUCAAUUAGAGAUCUUCGGUGGCAAUUUGGGCACACCAGAUCCUUCACAAGAUGGAAGUACUUGCUCAAAUCAGAGCGAGUCUGAUUCGGAAACAUCCUAUCAAGAAUCGCUAUAUGAGGAAUUCACGAAGAUUGUCGAAGAUGUCCAAGUUGAAGUUGAAAACCAAGAAGAGAUUGACAUGGAAAUGGACAAUGAUGAUUCUGAAGCGUCUUCGACUCCAAGACAGAGUAGAGUGAUGAAUCUUUCUAAUAAUGGAUUCCCUCCUUCACCUGUAUCUCGUAUGAAUCAAUACAAGCGAAUCAUCAGUGAUGGCGUGAACAACUCGUCUACUUCGGAAGAAAAGGCGCAACCAUUGUCAUCACCCAACAGGAGUCUCCCUCCAUCUCCUCCUUCAAAUGACUCGGCAUCACCACCACCGCCCCCUCCUCCUGAUGAUCUCCCACCAUCACCACCAGCACCUCCUACCGAAGACAUGCCGCCACCACCACCACCACCCCCGGAAAACGCACCUCCUCCUGAUCCUGAUUCAAAUAAGGUCGAGUACGAUACCCAGUUUCCGCCCACCGCUUCUCGCAAUCAUAAACAUAAUGGUAAUCCUUACCUGCAGGAUUAUUACGCUUCUACAUCAACACCAAACCGUAUCGGUUCGUCUACAUCUCAAUCUCAGGCUUACUAUCAAACUCCAUACCAAAGCCAACAAUCACACCAAAUCCCAUACAACCAAACGCCUUAUACUCCUCCAACUCCUCGUGCUUCUUCUAACAACAGAUACGGAAAUACAAGUGGAAGACAAGCGAACUUUAACACACCGUCAAAAACAACACAAGUGCCAUCAUAUAAAGGGAUGCACAAUUCACAGAUGCACACGCAAACGCAGUCACAAAUGCCGAUGAUGAAAAGAUGGGUCAAAUAUCAUACCGAUUUGUUUGAUUCAGAUAGACUCGUUCCUUAUUGUGAAGGCAGACCAUUACCUAUUGGAUUUUAG